UUCCCGUCUGAAUUGAUCCUCUCGGUGAUCAUCUCGUCUGUCCUGUCAGCACAUGUGAUUUUAGAGCAGCAGUGUUUUUUGGAUUCUGUGUCUUUUUUUUUAACUAUGGAAAGUGUGGUGCAAUCCCGAAUCCCUUCUGAACAAAGCAAAAUUUUGGGAGUUGAGUCUCAACAUGAAACGGCAGCAGAUGCUUUCACCAAAGCAUUCCUGAAGAACAGUCUUCCCCGAAUGAAGGAAAAUGACAUUAAGGAAAUGAUGGCACACAAGGCAGUGUUACUGGAAUAUAAAACACAGAGGAAGAAGAAAAGAAAGAUAAGAAAAGCCAAAGGGCUCAAUGCCAAAGAAAGAAGACAGCUUAAAAUAUUCCAGCUCAAACCUGAACAUCAAAAAUAUGAACUCUUCUUGCCUCUGCAUGAGCUGUGGAAAAAGUACAUUGUGGAUCUAUGUAAUGGAUUAAAACCAGAAAGCAACCCACAGAUGAUCCAGCAGAAGCUCUUAAAAGCUGAUUUCCAUGGUGCUGUCUUAACAGUUGUGAGAUCAAAAUGCCCCUCAUAUGUGGGUCUAACUGGCAUCUUGGUACAAGAACUGAAGCACAUCUUCAAAAUCAUUACAAAAGAGGACAAGCUAAAAGUUAUACCCAAGAGGAAUAGUGUGUUCAGUGUGGAGAUCGGUGAUUUCGUUACGCACAUCUAUGGCAGCAAGUUUGAACUGCGCUCCAGUGAGCGGUCAGCGAAGAAAUUCAAAGUGAAAGGAACUAUUGACUUGUAAUGGGAAGUUUCAAACAUCAUGACAACUUUAACUGUGGACUCAUAUUGGAGAAUCAAGAAAAGACUUUCAAUCAUUAUGGAUAUUUUUUUUUUUUAGCAUCAUCCGCUUAUUAUUAUUACUCUGUUUUAUGUUUUGUAUCUGACCGGGCAUGAAAUUAUAUUUGGCAUUUAGAAAAAAUAGUUGUUUUGAUUUUCCACCAGGGGGAGCCUUUUUUGUAAGAGAAGGGAGGACUCAUGAAUUUUGACCUCCUCUUCUUUUUUUCUUUUUUUUUUAAUCCCUGGUACCUGUCACUUCAUAGUUCAUGGGAAUCUUGUAUAACACUUUAUUUAUGAACUCAUUUUAUCUCUAAAGAUAAUCAGCACUGCAAAUGCUACAAAUAAAAAAGCUACAAAUAAAAAACUACAAAUAAAUACCAUAUCCCUUUAAUUCCUUAAGAACAUAUUCAAAACUUUUUUGUUAAUGUUAGAUGGUUUGAUCAUAUUUUCACUCUAAGAAUGUUUAUGUAGCACUAUUUCCCAUACUGGGAGGUAUUUAAGUAGGUUAUAUAAUGUUGAUUUUUAUACAACUUUGAGCAAAGCACUGUUAGAAGCAGUAUUUUCAGAUUAUGCUACCAGUCAAAAGUUUUUGAACAGUAAGAUUUUAUAGAAGUCUCUUCUGCUCACCAAGCCUGCAUUUAUUUGAUCCAAAGUACAGCAAAAACAGUACAAUUUGGA